UUAUUUUAUAUAUGUAGGUACGAUUUUAAUAUUCUAAAUAAUAAUAUAAAACAUCGAAUUCACGAACGCAUCGAUACCAGAUGGUUAUGUCACAAUUUCUGAAGACGAAUUUUUAUUAUUUUGAUUUGAUUUGAGGUACCGGGUAUCAAAAGGUACCUCAGGUCAAAAUGUCGACCCUUAUUAGAACAGCUAUUGUGAAGGCGAUCAGCCCAGCUCAGGGAAGCAAAGUAGCAGCAUGCGGCUUGGUCCAGAACCGUACCAUCAUGGGUCGCGCCCUGCGGGAGUCGCUGCCGCCGCCAAAAACCAAACCGAAGCCUUUCGACUAUGUUAACCAUGACUACAUCUGGAUCAAAAGUUUGUUUGACCGCACAACGCACAGGUUAGAUGAAAACUCUAAAGUGGUCGUAGUAGAAGGUCCGGUAGCAAGUGACAAAACAUGCUUCGCUAAAAGCCUGGCUGACGACCUGGGUAUGAAGCACUUCCCUGAGGCUACCAUGGACAUACACUACUGCAGACCGAACGGUGUCGAUCUGCGAGAAUUUAACGACCAAGUGCCUGAAGACACGAGGACUUUCGACCACAUUGACUUCAACAUGUGCCCCACUCAUCGUCUGGCCGCCAACUUUCAAAUCAUGAUGUACAUUGCCCGUUACAGUCAGUACAUUGAUGCUUUGACUCAUCUGUUGAACACCGGACAGGGUGUUGUGCUGGAAAGGUCUCCUUAUUCAGACUUCGUGUUCUUGGAAGCUAUGUACCAUCAGAAGUACAUCUCGAAGGGAGCCCGCUCCGUGUACUAUGAGCUCAGGAAUAACUCCAUUGAAGAACUCAUGAGGCCUCAUCUUGUUAUUUACCUUGAUGUCCCAGUUGAGAGGGCCAUUCAAGCCAUCCAAUGCCGCAACUACCCACAUGAGGUCCAAGGCAAGGCUCUCACUACGGAGUUUCUCUGCGAGAUUGAGAAGCAGUACAAGGACAAGUAUCUCCGUGAUAUCGCCACGCACGCCGAACUUCUCGUGUACGAUUGGAGCGGCGGCGGUGAGGUCGAAGUGGUCGUAGAAGACAUCGAGCGUCUGAACUUCGACCAGUACACGGAGCGUGAGGACCCGAAGAUGAAGGACUGGCGUCUCCCGCGCGAAGUGGACUGGGCCGACCAGCGCAUGAAGUACACAAACCAUAAGCACUACCUCAUGAACCUGUUCGGCAUUCCGAGGUUGGACGUCCCCGAGCUCAUCACCAGCGCUGAUGACGCAUAUGAGAGACAAGAGGUCAUCUACAACCAUCCCAAGUUCUCGUACCUAGAGGGAUACACAGAAGGCGGUACCUUGCUCAAGAAUAAGGUGCCCAAAUACACGGAAUAUGUUUAAAUUAUUGUCUAAAUCCUGUAGCUGGGUCGUUGUAAUAAAAUUUAUUUAAUAUCAA